AUGCUUCAGUACACACUCAUACGCACAAAUUAUUCUUCCUCCUCACCCUCAUCUUUGUGUUUCCAGGACCCCCGCGGCCGCACGAUGCGUCGCUGGCCAUCAAUGCAGACCAGUCAUGGGGUGAUCAACCUGAACUUCGACCUGCCCGAGUACCCGCUGGUGGGCCCGUGGACGCUGAGGGUGAAGGCCAGGACCCAGACGAACGACAAGAUAAUACAGGUGGAACACUACUUCAGGCCGCGGUUUGAGGUCUUCGUGCGACUGCCUCCCACCCUGAAGACAUCCGACGAGGUGGUGGAGGGCGUCGUGGUUGCCAACAUGACCAACUGGAGGGACGUCUUCGGGAACCUGACCCUCAAGCUGCAGUAUGCGCCGGCUGGACACCACACACCCCACCCGCCUUACCUCAACUUGGCAGAUAACUUCACGGACGUCCACGAAGAGUUCAUCAUGCCCUUCCGCGGCUUCCACCCCUUCGCGCUCCCACUCUCCAAGGUGACGGAGCGGCUGGGGGGCAACAUACGAGGAGCGACGGUACGGGUGUGGGCGGCCGUGGGAGACGCCUUCGGGUGGCAGGUGCAGACGGGCUGGGCGCUGGCGAGGGUUGUGGAGGAGCAGGUGAAGGUGGCGUUCCUCGGUGACCAGCCUCUCAUCUUCCACCCAGGCAUGCCCGUCACUGUGAAUGUGUUUGCCACGUACCAGGAUGACCACCCAUUGCCCGAGGACUUGCUUCUGGACAGCCGCAUUACCGUCACCAUCGCCAUCGCGGGAGGCAAGAGUCAGGUGGAGUCGCUGGUGCUGGGCGGGGCCGAGCUCGCCGAGGGGCAGGGCGUCGGUCAGGUGAAGUUCGACAUACCGGUGAACGCCCUCAGCUUCAAGGUGGACGCCAGCCUGGUGACGGGCAGCGGCCUCUCAGCCUCGGCGACCCUGGUGGCCCAGAAGCAGCACUCUCCCCGGGACCGCCACCUCCAGGUCGAGACGUCCACCCCAGACUCCAACCCGGGGGAGUUCAUCACACUGCACGUCAGAAACAACUUCUACAUGGAACACUUCAACUAUGUGGUCAUGUCUGAGGGCGCCGUGGUGUACAGUGGCCGUGAGCCGGUCGGUGAUCUCACGCCUCCCACCGUCACCACUUUCUCGCUGCCUGCCUCCGCCGAGAUGGCCCCGGUCGCGCGUAUCCUGGUGUGGACGGUGACUCAGGACGGCCAGAUGGUCUCACAUGCUCUCGCCGUCCCCGUCAACCCACUGGGGCGCCACGAGGUGGGCAUCAGGUGGAACGAGCACAAGGACCACUCCGGCGGCUCCGUGGAGAUGAAGAUGCUGGGGGAGGGCGGCGCCUUCUUCGCUGUCUCGUCCAUGUGGGAGGAGACGCACCUCAUGGACGCCGGGCACGAGCUGGACCCGGCGCGCAUCCUCACCGAGAUGAUGCGGCUGGACCAGAUGACGGACGCGCUGAGGCUGCGGCGGACCAACACCUCGGUGCCCCACGUCCGCCGGGCCUCCACGCGAUCACGUGACGGGGCCGGGGCGUGGGUGCACUUCUUCCCCACCUCCAUCGCCGGCCCGGACGCGCCCACGACGUUCAAUUUCACGGACAUGUUGGUGCUGACGGACGCCGACCUCUUCUACCACCCACACCACGCGUCAGAAACGCCAGAUUGCAGUCCAGGUCAACUGAAGUGCCUGACGGGGGGCUGCUACCCAAUGGCCGAGCGAUGCAACGGGAAGUUUGCCUGCUCAGACCACUCCGACGAGUCAGGAUGCCCCAUCGAUAUAGACCCCCUGAAGACCUUCCGCCUGUACCGCAUCAGUCGCCUGCAUCGCUUCUACGACCCCGACGACGGCGACUGGGCGUGGCGGGACGUGCGGGGCCUCGGCACCGAGAUCCAGGUGUUCCCCAUCCCCAAGCGGCCGCAGAACUGGGUCCUGUCCAUGUUUGCUGUGGGGAAGGAGCUCGGUCUGGGCCUGCUGCAGGAGAAGAUACAGUUUGACUCUGCGGGGCCGUUCAUGAUCACGCUGGAGGGCCCGUCGGUCGCCCGCCAGUGGGAGCAGGUGGGGCUGCGCGCGUGUGUCUUCAACUUCCACAACAGCAAGGUGGGCGUGCUGGUGACGCUGCCGGACGAGUCCGAGAGAGUGAGAGAGAGAGAGAGCGUGGUGACCUCCUACAAGCCUCGGACGGCGACAGAGAGAGAGAGAGAGAGAGUGCAGUUGGAUCCCGGAGAGUCGCGUGACGUCCACAUCCCUAUCAUGUUCACCCACAUGGGCACGAUCGAGGUGGAGGUGAUCGGCUCCACCAUGAUGCAGAAGGACUCGGACUCCAUCACCAUUGAAGUGGGCGCUGAGGGCGUGUCCAUCGGCAAACACACUUCCAUUCUGCUCGACCUCAAGAACCGCGCGCUGGUCUACGAGUUCAUGGACAUCCAGCUGGACGAGGUGCCGGAGAUCCCCUACUCGCUGGACCGCCGCUACAUCUACGACACGCCCGCCGGCCACAUCUCCAUCACGGGGGACGUGGUGGGCCCGGCCUUCCCCAACGUGCCGGUGGACAGCGCCUCGCUCCUCGGCCUGGACAUGAUGGGCGCAGAGACCGCCGCCUACAACUUCGCCGCCAACCUGUGGACGCUGCACUACCUGCGCCUCACCAACCAGCUGGAGGGCUCGCUGACCUACCAGGUGCUGACGGCCGUGAACGUGGAGUACGCCGCCAUCGCUCGCUACCAGGAUGAGAACGGCGCCUUCAGAAUGUGGCCGGACUCGGAGCCCAGCGUGUGGCUCACCGCCUACAUCUUGCGGACGCUGUGGCUUGCGAGCUUCCAGGACUGGGAGAACCUGAUCUUCAUCGAUCCCGACGUGGUGAAUGAAGCGACGGCGUGGCUGCUGGACUACCAGGCCUCGGACGGCUCCUUCUACGAGACCCCGAACCACACCCACCCGCUCGACUCCAAGGCCAACCCGCCGCCAUACUACAAGCCCGGCACCACUGCGGAGAACGGCGUUAUCCUGACGGCGCAGGUGGUGCUGACGCUGGUGGCCGUGCUGCCCUCCAUGCAGGGGAAAAACCGGGCGAGGGUCAACAUUGCCAAGACCAACGCCAUCAGGUACCUGGAGAGGGAGCUGGAGAGCCACCACGACCCCUACGAGGUGGCGAUGGUCGCGUGGGCGCUCUCCAAGGCCGACUCCAGCAAGAAAGAAACGGCCUUCAACCUCCUGGACAGCAUGAAGAGGGAGCACGGUAACAAGGUGUACUGGUCUCGUGAGCCCAUAUCCUUCAACAACUUGGUGUACGAGAACAGCCAACGCCCUUUCAUGCUGCCCAAGGAUGACCAGAAGUGGGACGCACACGCCGUCGAGACCACCGCCUACGCCCUGCUCGUGUAUUUGGCCCGCGACGGCAUUGGGAUCAUUCAAGAGAACAUUGUGCGCUUCCUGGCUGUGAUGCGGGAGCUGGACGGCGGGCUCAUCUCCACCCUGGACAGCGUGGCGGCCAUGGAGGCGCUCGUGGAGUACUCGUACCGCGCUCGCCUCAGGGACGUGACGGACAUGCGGGUCGUCAUCGAACACUCUGCCGACCCCAACUUCACCGUGGACGUCAACAACAAUCUCGAACUGGCGGAGCUGCGGUCUUUUGAGCUGAGCAACAUCUGGGGCCACUUGAGCAUCGUGGGCCACGGGUCGGGCCAGGCGCUGGUCCAGCUCGACUACAGCUUUGGCGUGGAUGUGGAGCCCCUGCUGGACUACCCGCCAGUGCCUGCUUUCGACUUCUCAGUCUAUUCAGAGUUUUAUGGCAGAAAUAAUUCUCACCUUCGCUUCACUGCCUGUCAGAGGUGGACCAACUUGGAAGAGUCUGAGACGAGUGGCGUGGCGGUGGUUGAGGUGCAUCUCCCCUCUGGUUACUACGUGAUGCAGGACGACCUCAUCCGCCUGGUGGAGUCCCGGACCGUGAGGAACCUGCGCUGGGCCUACCGCACCAGCACACAGGUCAAGUUCUUCUUCAAUAAUCUGGACUCAGAGGAGACGUGCGUGACAUACGAGGUGGAGCGCUGGCACCCUGUCGCCAACCACUCCCGCUACAACAUGGCGCGAGUGUACGACCUCUACCAGCCUGAGCGCUUCAACAUGUCGCUGAUGGAGGUGUACCCCCUAUACGACCUGGACCUGUGCGAGGUGUGCGGCUCCUACCAGUGUCCUUACUGCCCCUUCUACAGCAGCGCACCGCCACUGCCUCCAGCGCCCAUGGCCAUCCUUCUGUCCUUGCUGGUGUUACUGCUGCUUCAGGUGUCAGUGACUGGCAGAGGCUUCUGCUGACCCAAACUGCACGCCUGCAUAUUCUGAAGGAAAGAAAAAUAGUACCACUAAUGUUGUCGUGAAUGUGCCAAUGAAGACACAUGAGGGAGAAGGAGAGGGAAAGGAGAGAGACAGGACGUACACGUCUUACUCAAACAAGCAUCGUCGCUCUCUACACAGUCUCACAGACCCCUCCUGCCACUGUUUUCUGCUGAGCACAGGAGGAAGACACAGGAUAACAUAUCGUGUGACAAUAUUAGAGGGAGGGCAGUUUUGAUGAUGUAUUGAUUUAGUGAUGAUAGGUCUAUUUUUCCAUACUCUGGGAUGAUAGUUGUAGAGAGAUUGCUUUAUUACACAAACCUAUUGUGUAUUAAAAAUAUAUAUUGUUGCAUUGCGUUUGAUAUUCAUAAGUGUUGUUGCUGUGCUGCAUAUGUAAGCACAUAAAAGUAUACUACUGCUACCACUACUACUAAAACUGCUACUAUAGUCGAUUACAUUUCAUCCGUCCAUCCACAAAGUGUGAAUUUUGAUGAAUAUGGCACAUGCGUAUUAAUUGUUAGUUCAUGACUGGGCAAAAAGAUCAACUUGUGAUAAAUAUUUAAACUACUAUUUUCAAUUAUAUUGGAAUAUUUAUGUAUAUGAAAAAAAAAAAAAAAAAACAAAAA